AUGGCCGCUAUUGCCCCCACUGCCCCAAUCACCCCUCCAAUGGAAUCUACAGGUGACCGUCUCGUUACAUUAGAACUUAAGGAUGGAACGGUCUUACAAGGUUAUUCAUUUGGUGCUGAAAAAUCCACCGCUGGUGAAUUAGUUUUCCAAACUGGUAUGGUUGGUUAUCCUGAAUCCGUCACCGAUCCAUCUUAUGAAGGCCAGAUCUUGGUCAUCACUUACCCAUUGGUAGGCAAUUACGGUGUCCCAGAUAUGCACUUGAGAGAUGAAUUGGUCGAGGAAUUGCCAAGGUAUUUUGAAAGUAACAGAAUUCAUAUUGCCGGUCUAGUUAUUUCUCACUAUACCGACGAGUACUCUCAUUAUCUUGCCAAAUCUUCCUUAGGUAAAUGGUUGCAAAAUGAAGGGAUCCCAGCUGUUUAUGGUGUUGAUACAAGAUCAUUGACCAAGCAUUUGAGAGAUGCAGGUUCAAUGUUGGGUAGGUUGUCUUUGGAAAAAAGUGGCACUGACAGGACUAUUUCCAGAUCUUCUUCUUGGAAAGAUGCAUUCGAUGUUCCUGAAUGGGUGGAUCCAAAUGUCCAAAACCUAGUUGCUAAGGUCUCCACUGAUGAACCUAAAUUGUACGUUCCUCCAGCGGACAAUAAGCACAUUGAAUUGCAAAGUGGACCAGACGGCAAAGUUUUGAGGAUUUUAGCCAUAGAUGUCGGUAUGAAAUACAACCAAAUUCGUUGUUUCAUCAAAAGGGGUGUAGAACUAAAAGUUGUCCCAUGGGAUUACGAUUUUACUAAAGAAGAUUACGAUGGUCUGUUUAUUUCCAACGGUCCAGGUGAUCCUUCUGUUCUAGAUGAUCUAUCCCAAAGAUUGUCGAAUGUUCUAGAAGCUAAGAAGACUCCAGUAUUCGGUAUUUGUCUUGGUCAUCAAUUGAUAGCAAGAGCCGCCGGUGCAUCCACACUAAAACUAAAAUUUGGUAACCGUGGCCACAAUAUACCAUGUACAUCAACUGUAAGUGGUCGCUGUUACAUAACAUCUCAAAACCAUGGGUUUGCUGUGGAUGUUGACACUCUAACUUCCGGUUGGAAACCAUUGUUUGUUAACGCAAAUGAUGACUCUAACGAAGGUAUCUACCAUUCUGACUUACCUUAUUUUUCAGUUCAAUUCCAUCCAGAAUCGACGCCUGGCCCAAGAGAUACAGAAUUCUUGUUUGACGUUUUCAUCCAAGCUGUUAAAGAAUUCAAAUAUACACAAGUUUUGAAACCAAUCGCUUUCCCAGGUGGUCUAUUAGAAGAUAACAUGAAGGCACACCCCAGAAUUGAAGCGAAGAAGGUUCUAGUCCUAGGUUCUGGUGGUUUGUCCAUUGGUCAAGCUGGGGAAUUUGACUACUCAGGCUCUCAAGCCAUCAAAGCUUUGAAAGAGGAAGGUAUUUACACAAUUUUGAUUAAUCCAAACAUUGCUACCAUCCAAACUUCUAAAGGGUUGGCUGAUAAGGUUUAUUUUGUUCCAGUUACCGCAGAAUUCGUAAGAAAAGUUAUUUUACACGAAAGACCGGACGCCAUUUAUGUAACAUUUGGUGGCCAAACUGCUUUGUCAGUUGGUAUUGCCAUGAAAGAUGAAUUUGAGGCUUUAGGAGUCAAGGUCUUGGGUACUCCAAUAGAUACUAUUAUUACUACCGAAGACCGUGAACUUUUCAGUAACGCCAUUGACGAAAUUAAUGAAAAAUGUGCCAAAUCGCAAGCUGCUAACUCAGUGGACGAAGCAUUGGCCGCUGUCAAAGAGAUCGGUUUCCCAGUUAUUGUACGUGCUGCAUAUGCAUUGGGUGGUUUAGGUUCCGGUUUCGCUAAUAAUGAGAAAGAAUUGGUUGAUCUAUGUAAUGUUGCAUUUUCAUCCUCUCCACAAGUUUUAGUCGAGAAAUCUAUGAAAGGUUGGAAAGAAGUUGAAUAUGAAGUUGUUCGCGAUGCCUUUGACAACUGUAUUACUGUUUGUAAUAUGGAAAAUUUUGAUCCGCUAGGUAUUCACACCGGUGAUUCCAUUGUUGUGGCCCCAUCUCAAACUUUAUCUGAUGAAGAUUACAACAUGUUAAGAACUACAGCUGUUAAUGUUAUUAGACAUUUGGGUGUUGUUGGUGAAUGUAAUAUCCAAUAUGCUUUAAAUCCCGUCUCUAAGGAUUACUGCAUUAUUGAAGUUAAUGCCCGUUUAUCACGUUCUUCUGCUUUAGCUUCUAAGGCUACUGGUUACCCAUUGGCCUACACUGCAGCUAAGUUAGGUUUAAACAUCCCACUAAAUGAAGUUAAGAACUCCGUCACAAAAUCCACUUGCGCUUGUUUUGAACCUUCUCUAGACUACUGUGUUGUCAAAAUGCCAAGAUGGGAUUUGAAGAAGUUCACCAGAGUUUCUACCGAAUUGUCUUCAUCAAUGAAGUCUGUUGGUGAAGUUAUGAGCAUCGGUAGAACUUUCGAAGAAGCUAUUCAAAAAGCCAUUAGAUCCACAGAGUAUGCUAACCUCGGUUUUAAUGAGACAGAUUUAGAUAUUGAUAUUGAUUACGAGUUAAACAACCCUACGGAUAUGCGUGUCUUUGCAAUUGCAAAUGCUUUUGCUAAAAAGGGAUAUUCUGUUGAUAAAGUCUGGGAAAUGACUAAGAUUGAUAAAUGGUUUUUGAAUAAACUGUACAAUUUGGUCCAGUUUGCUGAGAAAAUUGGUUCAUUUGGUACUAAAGAAGAAUUACCUUCUUUAGUUUUAAGACAGGCUAAGCAGUUAGGUUUUGAUGAUAGACAGAUUGCGAGAUUUUUGGAUUCUAACGAAGUUGCCAUUCGUAGAUUAAGAAAAGAGUAUGGAAUCACACCAUUCGUCAAACAAAUCGAUACAGUUGCAGCUGAAUUUCCCGCAUACACAAACUAUUUAUACAUGACAUACAAUGCCGACUCACACGAUUUAUCCUUUGAUGACCACGGUGUCAUGGUCUUGGGUUCUGGUGUUUACCGUAUCGGUUCUUCCGUCGAAUUCGAUUGGUGCGCUGUUACUGCAGUUAGAACAUUACGUGCAAACAAAAUCAAAACUAUUAUGGUCAAUUACAAUCCGGAAACCGUUUCCACAGACUAUGAUGAGGCUGAUAGAUUAUAUUUUGAAACCAUCAACCUUGAACGAGUCUUGGAUAUUUACGAGGUUGAAAACUCAAGCGGUGUCGUUGUCUCAAUGGGUGGCCAAACUUCCAAUAACAUUGCCAUGACUUUACAUCGUGAAAAUGUAAAAAUUCUUGGUACGUCCCCUGAUAUGAUCGAUUCUGCCGAAAAUCGUUAUAAGUUUUCUCGUAUGCUGGAUCAAAUUGGUGUUGAUCAACCAGCUUGGAAAGAAUUGACAUCCAUGGAUGAAGCUGAAUCUUUUGCCGAAAAGGUGGGUUAUCCCGUUUUAGUACGUCCAUCUUACGUGUUAUCUGGUGCUGCCAUGAAUACUGUCUAUUCUAGAAACGAUUUGGAAUCGUACUUAAAUCAAGCUGUCGAGGUUUCUCGUGAUUAUCCUGUUGUUAUUACUAAAUAUAUUGAAAAUGCAAAGGAGAUUGAGAUGGAUGCAGUUGCAAGAAAUGGUGAAUUGGUCAUGCAUGUUGUUUCUGAGCACGUCGAGAAUGCAGGUGUCCAUUCGGGUGAUGCAACAUUAAUCGUUCCACCUCAAGAUUUGGCCCCUGAAACAGUUGAUAGAAUUGUCGUUGCUACUGCUAAAAUUGGUAAAGCUUUGAAGAUUACAGGUCCGUACAACAUUCAAUUCAUUGCAAAGGACAACGAAAUCAAAGUCAUAGAAUGUAAUGUUCGUGCUUCGAGAUCUUUCCCAUUUAUUUCGAAGGUUGUUGGUGUCAAUCUGAUUGAAUUGGCAACAAAGGCCAUAAUGGAUUUGCCUUUGACACCUUAUCCUGUUGAAAAAUUACCUGAUGAUUAUGUUGCCGUUAAAGUCCCACAAUUUUCUUUCCCACGUUUAGCAGGAGCUGAUCCCGUCUUAGGUGUCGAAAUGGCCUCUACUGGUGAAGUCGCUACCUUUGGCCACUCAAAGUAUGAAGCAUACCUAAAGUCUUUAUUGGCAACCGGCUUCAAACUGCCAAAAAAGAAUAUUUUGUUGUCUAUUGGUUCCUACAAGGAAAAACAAGAAUUGCUUUCUUCCGUUCAAAAACUGUACAAUAUGGGAUACAAAUUGUUUGCAACAUCCGGUACUGCUGACUUUUUGUCUGAACACGGUAUUGCCGUCCAAUAUUUGGAGGUUUUAAACAGGGAUGAUGAUGAUCAAAAAUCAGAAUACUCGCUUACUCAACAUUUGGCUAAUAAUGAAAUUGACCUUUACAUCAAUUUGCCUUCUGCUAACAGGUUCCGUCGUCCUGCGUCCUAUGUUUCAAAGGGUUAUAAAACACGUCGUUUGGCUGUUGAUUAUUCGGUUCCGUUGGUUACUAACGUUAAAUGUGCAAAAUUGUUGAUUGAAGCCAUUUCAAGAAACAUCACUCUAGAUGUUUCUGAACGUGAUGCGCAAACUUCCCAUAGAACUAUUACUUUACCAGGUUUGAUCAAUAUCGCAACUUAUGUUCCAAAUGCAUCCCAUGUUAUCAAGGGCCCGGCUGAACUAAAGGAAACUACGCGUCUAUUUUUGGAAUCUGGUUUUACAUACUGCCAAUUGAUGCCUAGAUCUAUCAGCGGACCUGUUAUUACUGAUGCUGCAUCCUUGAAGGCUGCAAACUCUGUUUCCCAAGAUUCUUCUUAUACUGACUUUUCUUUCACUAUUGCUGGUACAGCACACAAUUCCCAGACCGUUACGCAAUCUGCUAGUAAAGUUACGGCAUUGUUUUUGCCCCUACGUGAACUAAAGAACAAGAUCACAGCAGUUGCUGAACUUUUGAAUCAGUGGCCAGCUGAAAAGCAAGUGAUCGCAGAAGCUAAAACUGCAGAUUUGGCAUCUGUUUUAUUAUUGACGUCCCUUCAAAAUAGAUCUAUUCAUAUUACUGGCGUUUCGAAUAAGGAAGAUCUGGCUUUGAUUAUGACAGUCAAGGCAAAAGACCCUAGAGUGACUUGUGAUGUCAAUAUUUAUUCCUUGUUUAUUGCCCAAGAUGACUACCCAGAAGCGGUUUUCUUGCCUACUAAGGAAGACCAAGAAUUUUUCUGGAACAAUCUUGAUAGUAUCGAUGCUUUCUCUGUCGGUGCUCUUCCUGUUGCCCUUGCAAACGUCACAGGUAAUAAGGUUGAUGUCGGUAUGGGUAUCAAAGAUUCCUUACCAUUACUGUUGGCUGCAGUUGAAGAAGGUAAAUUAACCAUUGAUGAUAUUGUCGUUCGUCUGCAUGAUAAUCCAGCUAAAAUUUUCAAUAUACCUACCCAGGAUUCAGUUGUUGAGAUUGAUUUAGAUUACUCAUUUAGACGUAAUAAGAGAUGGUCACCAUUCAACAAGGACAUGAAUGGCGGUAUUGAACGUGUUGUCUACAACGGCGAAACAUUAGUUUUGAGCGGUGAAUUAGUUUCACCAGGCGCAAAAGGAAAAUGCAUUGUUAAUUCAAGUCCGGCUUCCAUCACCGCCUCCUCGGAGCUCCAAUCUACUAGUACUAAAAGAAGGUUCUCAAUCACGGAAGAAGCAAUGGCUGACAACUUAGAUGCCGCGGAGGAAGCAAUUCCAGAACAGCCUUUGGAACAAAAAUUGAUGUCUUCAAGGCCACCACGGGAGCUUGUAGCUCCAGGCGCCAUCCAGAAUUUGAUCCGUAGUAACAAUCCAUUCCGUGGUAGACAUAUAUUGUCUAUCAAGCAAUUUAAACGUUCUGAUUUCCAUGUAUUGUUUGCCGUCGCACAAGAACUAAGGGCAGCUGUCGCAAGAGAAGGUGUCUUAGACCUAAUGAAAGGCCACGUUAUUACUACGAUUUUCUUUGAACCAUCUACUCGUACUUGUUCUUCAUUCAUCGCUGCUAUGGAACGUUUGGGUGGUAGAAUUGUAAAUGUUAAUCCAUUGGUUUCUUCUGUCAAGAAAGGUGAAACUCUUCAAGAUACUAUUAGAACUUUGGCCUGCUACAGUGAUGCUAUCGUCAUGCGUCAUUCGGAAGAAAUGUCAGUUCAUAUCGCUGCCAAAUAUUCGCCUGUUCCAAUUAUUAAUGGUGGUAAUGGUUCUCGUGAACAUCCUACUCAGGCCUUCUUGGAUUUGUUCACUAUUCGUGAAGAAAUUGGUACUGUUAAUGGUAUUACUGUUACUUUCAUGGGUGAUCUCAAGCAUGGUAGAACCGUUCAUUCAUUAUGUCGUUUGUUGAUGCAUUAUCAAGUCAGAAUCAAUCUUGUUUCUCCUCCAGAAUUGAGACUACCAGAAGGAUUAAGGGAAGAGCUAAGAAGAGCUGGCUUGCUUGGUGUCGAGAGCAUCGAAUUGACCCCUCAUAUCAUCUCAAAGACUGACGUUCUGUACUGUACAAGGGUCCAGGAGGAAAGAUUUAAUAGCCCUGAAGAAUAUGCACGUUUGAAGGACACUUACAUCGUGGACAAUAAAAUCUUGGCGCACGCCAAAGAAAAUAUGGCUAUCAUGCAUCCAUUGCCUCGUGUAAAUGAAAUUAAAGAGGAAGUGGACUACGAUCAUCGUGCUGCUUACUUCAGACAAAUGAAGUAUGGUUUGUUUGUCAGAAUGGCAUUAUUGGCCAUGGUUAUGGGUGUCGAUAUGUGA